AUGUCAGCACCCCCAUCCUCAACACAGACUACUACUUCUACACCAGCAAAUAAUACAUCAAAUGGCGGCUCACUGCGCUUUAGAGGUGAUGCAGUAAGUUUUUCACCUCGUCACUAUUAUCAGCCAAUUCAACAACAACCCUAUACCCAUCCUCAUUUGCCACAACAGCACCAGCACCAGCACCAGCACCAGCACCAUCAGCUUACGCCACAACAACUUACACCGCAACAGUACUACAUGCUGUAUAGUAACGGGAAUUAUAGCUAUCCGAUGUUGAUAAAUCCCAUGUACACAUACUUGCCAUAUCCACAGGAGGUGUACCUGCCGCAAGGCCUGCAACCUUACAUGAUACAGCCCUCAUUUGCAGCCCCACAGCCCCAUCUUCAACCAGUCCCACAUUCCAUCCCACACCCGCUGUUUUCGACCAUACAUCAACCUAUUAAUAAACCCACAAAACACCAAAUCCGCCAACAACAACAGCACCACCAUCAGCAGCAGCAGCAGCACCAUCAACAACAACAACAUCAACAACAGCAGCAGCAGCAGCAGCAGCACCAUCAACAGCAGCAGCAGCACCAUCAACAGCAACAACAACAACAGCAGCAGCAGCAGGAUCUACAGUCAAAUAAUUCUCUAGAAUCUUUACCUCAACAUCGAAAAUCGUUGCAACACCUGCAAAAUCUGCAUCAAAAUAAGAUAAUCUCAAAUGCAUCUGACACAAUGCAGCCGCAACUGGAGCAGCGGAGUCCAAGUAUGCUUUCUCCUGUUGCAAGUACGCAAAAACCAAUCUCGUCAGAUUUGAAUGGUUAUGAUACAACAACAACAAAAGCAACAACAAAAGCAACAACAAAAACAACAACAAAAACAACAACUCCCAUAGUCAUUGAUAAUGAUAAUGAAACUAAUACUUUUGAAAAGGAAAUUACGACCGAACAAAUAAUCAAGAAAAAACCCAAAGAAUCGUUGCCAAUAUAUAUAAAUACUCAACAAGACGACUUUUUAAACGAUUUUCCUUUAAUAGAACAGUCCCGUGUCGUAGACGUGAUUUCCAAGUCAAACAUGUUGGAUGAGCUUUUUGGGAAAUCCGAAACGUUUAUCAUCAGUGCAAACUAUGCGAAAUUUAUCGAUGUAAAUCAAGGAAACAAAAUUAUCAUACAAAGUACAAAAGCGACUUUGAAAACAGCAAAGACAAAGGAGGAGGAGGAGGAGGAGGAGGAGGAGGAAGAAGAAGAGAAAAAAACAAUAUCGGCAGCAGCGACAACAACAGCAGCAACAACAACAACAACAGCAACAUUAUUAUCGAGCCCACAACCCCCACAAACCAGUAAUUGGGCAUCAUUUUUACAAGCAACGGCUCCCAUCACACCAAAAAGCAAAAAAAUACAGAAACCAAAAAACGGUGUGACUCAGGCUACAUUGACAAAUGACACGACGUUAUCUUCUUGCACUAAACUUUCUCCCGAUCCUUCUUCAUCAAGUACAGUAGAGGACGGGCGAAAGCUUCAAAUUGAAAACGAACCAGCAUAUUCAUUGGGAAUUCUACUACUCAAGAUUAUGUUUGAUCCAAACUACUCGAUCUUCAACGAUUUUCCAACAUUCAAUGUAAGACCCAAAGGUUUGACUAAUACGGGCAAUAUAUGUUUCAUGAACUCGAUACUUCAAGUUAUGAUUUAUUGUCAACCUUUCAACAAGCUUUUAAAAUUAAUAGAGACCAAAUCGAUUGGAGAUUUGAUAGUUUCCUCGCAACCUUUACUUGAUGCUACAAUAAAAUUAUUUAAUGAGUUUAAGCCUAACGAUAAUUCCAAGGCGCCUGUACCGAUAGAGACAUUUUAUUCUGCAUUAACUAAGCACAAAAAAUUUUCACAUUUGAAGUGGGGACAGCAAGAGGAUGCAGAGGAGUUUUUAGGCUAUUAUUUGGAUGCCUUAAACGAAGAGUUUCUCUUUGCUUUACGGAGGUUGAACACUACUCAAGUUGAUCAUUUAAUACAGUCAUAUUCCUCAGAAGAUGCUCAAGAGUUGACCAAGUUCAAGUAUAAUGUGAAGACUUGCAUAAAAAGGGCCAAAAAUGAGACGGAGGAUGACAAUGAAUGGAGUCAAGUAGGAGGCAAGAAAAACAUCAGCAAAACCGAACUAGAACCAACACCAUUAAAUAUGAUAUUUGGAGGAGAAUUUAAGUCAGUUAUCACGAUACCCAAGGGCUCAUCGUUUCAAAAAUCCAUCACGCUUGACCCAUUUCAGCAUUUCCAACUAGACAUUUCCAAUUCGGAUUCCAUUGAAGAUGCUUUUACACAUCUCAACGAGUUAGAGAAUAUAUCCUACAUAAACAACAACAAUACAGAAAUACAGGUUAAAAAACAAACGUUUAUCUCGAAAUUACCGGAGGUUUUAAUAAUUCAUUUGAAAAGAUUCAGUUAUUCCAAAAACCAAGAAGUAGCUAUUGAAAAGUUGAAAAAGAAGGUUACAUACAAUCAUACAUUGACCAUUCCUUCAAGAAUACUAUCUGCGACACAUAGUAUGACAAUGGGAGGUGGUGCGUUAUUAUCCACAUUGCCAAGAGCUCAUUCUCCAAUAACAACCCAUACAAACAACACACACAAUGAUGAGCACAAGUACCAGCUCAAUUCUGUGGUAUAUCAUCAUGGUUCGAAUGCAGACGCGGGUCAUUACACGAGUGACAUUUACGAUUUUGACUCGCAUAAAUGGUGGAGAAUAGAUGAUACAAUUGUUAAAGAAAUUGAUGAUGACGAAGUUCUAAAUUCAGGAAAUGAUGAAAACGUCAAAAACGCAUAUAUUUUGAUGUAUAGAAAAAUUAACUGA